AUGUGCGACAUAUACAGCUUGGACCCUCACGGCGUGUCUCCACCAUGCAACAUGAGUUGGGCGAUGGAGCCUGCUAACUUCUACGAGAGCGCCAAGCUCGGGGGUCCGCCGGCGGGGCCGUGCAAGCCGGCCGUCCGAGCAGAGGAGGGGGCCACCAUGGUGGAACUCACGGCUCCGGCCAUGUACGACGACGAGAGCGCCAUCGAUUUCAGCCAGUACAUCGAGUCCAUGACAUCCGUGCCCAACCUAGAGCUGUGCAACGAUGAGCUCUUCCUCGACCUCUUCAACACGGUCAAGCAGGAGAAGGCGGAGAUGUACGUUGCGCAGGGCGCAGUGCAGCCCGGGUGCGCGACCCCAUAUGCCAUGGAGCGGAGGUCGGACCCAGUCAUACUGGACAACAAGGGUCCAUUCGGGGCGCCCAUCAAGCAGGAAUCCGACUGGAGUGACAGCGACGUGUCAUCGUCGCUGCCGUGCCAAAUUGAAACCUGCGCCCAGACCUCCGUCAGCCUCCCCACGGGGCAACCCACACCGCCCACCACACCGGAACCUGUUUCGGCGAAGGGCUCGCCGCGCAAGUCCGGUCGGGAGAAGUCGAAGAAGACUGUGGACAGGUUCAGCAUGGAAUACCGACAGCGGCGGGAGAGGAAUAACAUCGCCGUUCGGAAAAGCAGGGACAAAGCCAAGAUGCGCAACUUGGAGAUGCAGCAAAAACUGAUCGAGUUAAGCUCAGAGAACGAUAGACUGCACAAAACAAUAGAGCAGCUGACCAGGGAGCUCGGGGGCCUACGCGAGUUCUUCAAGCAGAUGCCCGGUGCCUCCUAUGCGGGGAGCGUUAGCGCUGAGUGUCGGUGA